UCUCUUUCAAGUUGGUCCUUUGAUGUGUGUGACGUCACCUUUUCAUUGCUUAGAUUACAACCACGACGUCAGGCUGACAAAUUGCCACCAAUUCUUGAUCAGAAGGGACAAAAUGUCUUGGAACAAGAAGAACGUCGGGUUACCAUUUUUACCAGGUUUCAGUUUUCGGGACAUAACAAAGAAUGCCUUCCAUCGGCCCCAGACCCUUGUCUUCAGCGAUGGCUUAAAUUUGCCCAAUCACCCCACCAUAGGGAUCGGGGGGGAGCCUCUCCUGACCAGGCAGCUGAAUCAGAAUGACAACAUUGAGCUGUGUUUCUAUGAAGACUUUUUCCUGCCGUCCUACCAUCGGCCCCAGACUUUGGUCUACUUCGAUGGCCAUAACAUGAUCAAUCAGCCGUCGGUUAUUGGUCCGAGGAAGGAAGGACUUUUACCCCGACACCUGCUCCCACCGGACAGACUGCAUCUGUCCUACCGCUCGGCCAAUAGCAGGCGUGCCUCUGGCUCCCAAGUCCAGAGUAUGCCUGAUGAUUUUGUCCCACACUAUGUUGGCAACGAUAAGGUGCUGCGUUUUUUUGCGUACUUCAAGGAGGACUGCCAGUAUUCGGCUAAGGAGGUGUACCGCGUGCGGCCUGUGGUCAUUUACUACUACCUGCUGGACAACACCAUGGAGAUGUACGAGCCCGCCGUGGAGAACUCUGGGAUACCGCAGGGGAAGCGGAUCAAGCGCCACUGUUUUCCCAAAAACGAACACGGAGAGACUUACCUCUGGAAAGACCUGAACAUCGACGUGGACAUUGAGGUGUACGGGGUCAAGUACCGCAUCACUCACUGUGACGAGUUCACAAAGAGGUUCAUGGAGCGUGGAGGCAUCGUCCUGAACACACCCCAGGACAUACCAGUGGACCCCUACACCAAACGUCGCGAGUUCCACAUCCCCUCCCAUACUACACCAUCCUGCUACGACCGCCGGGGCAAAUUUCUUGCCAUGGACGGCAAGGUGCUGUUUUUUUCCGCCAUCUGGGAAUUUGCAGAAGAAGCCACCGUGGCAGUGACUAUCACGUAUUAUCUUGUGGACGACAGCGUAGCCAUCAGUGAGAUCCCUGCGGCUGACACCAGGAAGGAAGCGUGCCAUUUCUUUCGCAGACAGAAGAUGGCCAAAAAAUUCAAACCAGGCAUCAAACAGUUCCCCAGCUGUGUACUGGAGAUCUCCAAGGAGGAAGUGGAAGAGUACUACACACCCAGGGACUUCCAGCUGGGCAAAAAAGUAAACAUGUUGGGCUAUGACUUUUUGCUGGUUGACUGUGACCCCUACACCAAAGAGUAUUAUAAAGAGACAUAUCCUGAUCUGGAGAUGAUUCCGGUGGAAUUGCCGAAGGUGGUUGAGAAAAAGCGUUAUGACGGCAAGAAGGAGAUCCCGCCCUACAACGGCUUCGGGUCCCCGGAAGACUCUCUCCAGAACUGUCUGUCACUGAUUCCGCAGCCUCACAGGAAGGAUGUGAAAAAGAUGCUGGAGUACGACAACAAAGUUCUGCACUACAGCGCCAGGCUGGAUUCCCCGUAUAUUGUGGACAGGGACCGCGAGUUCACGCUGUUCUACUACUUGGCCAAUGACACCAUAGCUAUUUAUGAAAAGCCCAAUCCCAACUCUGGAAUCAUAGCCGGAAAGUUCUUGAAAAAGAUCCAAGUUCGUAAACCGGGCUCCACCCUAGAGAAUCCUGAGUUUUACUCCCCUGCAGAUUUUGCAAUUGGCGCCACAGUGGAAAUUUUCGGCCACCGAUUUGUGAUCACCAACGCCGCCCGCAACGUGCUCAAUUACCUGGAGUCCAUCUCAAGUUCGAUCCCACCUGAGACACUGGAAUCGCUGCGUCAGAAACAGGGAGAGUCGGACAGCAAAUGAGCCACACUACAGCCAGUCCAAUCAUGGGAGCCUGAAAAAAAACACAACAUCUGUCCAUGUUGUUGGAGGGGUUUAACCUUGACAUUUACUUUACCAGUCGACUAUCUGAAAAAGAAGAGGAAAAAAUCGUUGGCAAAUCAAAGUAAGUAGGGAUGUGUCCUCAGCAGGUUACUAGGCAGAACAGAACUGAUAGACGUGUGUUUGAGUACCAUAUAGCUACUGUCAUCUGCGUAUAUUACAGUAUUUGUGCUUUUAUUUGGUGAGUGUCCAGCCGUUGUCUGGUCUCCACACACCACUGGACAGAGUAAAAAAAUUCUGAAUCAAAAACACCUUCAGGAUGAUUGGAUGGAUAUGUUUUCAGACACGUGCAGGUUGGGAAUUGAACUCUCCACACGUUAAUGUCCGACAGGAAGUCAACACAUCAGCUGAGAUUAGAAUGUUAGAACACGUCUUUACAAAAAGGUCACGACCGACGGGGUCAGAGUCGAGGGAAGCGACAGCACAACGUGAAGGAAACACAGAUGUGACCUCUGGUCCAAUCCCUGUGCGGAGAAAGGUGCUAUGUAUGUUGGGGACUUGGCCCCCUCUAGUGGUAAAGAUGUGUGCUGUCUCACGAAGUGUCUUCAGUGUGAGGUAAAAAAGACUCGUGAAAAUGAAGGUCGUCCGACACUAGGAGGGAAGCACAGCUACUGUGGUUGUCAUGACAACAAUGUGUACUUUAAUUUGAGCAUUUACAUAAUGUAAUAAAUGUUAAGUUUUAUA